AUGGGAAGGAGACAACAUCCAGUUCCAAGGCAUGUGUAUGGAGUCAAUCUUGUGGCUGACCUCAGGAAGCAGGCUCAAGUCCUCCUUGACAUUGCUGAUCGGAUUGACGGGGGAGAUUACUCUAGUAUUGCACAAGCACAAGCUGCUGUGGCUGGUGGAUCCGAGCAAGGCACUGAUGCUGAUGUUGAGGGGGAGACUAAUGGUGAAAACGUAGCUGAGGAGUCCAAGAGUCAGUCUUUCUGA